AUGGUGCAGUUUAUCACGGUGACUCAAGACAUGCGCGAGGCUGUGAUUCGUCACUUGCGGGAUAGCUUCUUCGCUGAUGAACCUCUGAACAAGGCUGUUGGCUUGUGUCAAAGAGGACAACCUCAUGCUGCUCUUGAGAGGCUCUGCGUUGCCACAAUUGCUGAUGGACUAUCCGUUGCUGCUGUUGAAAGGGAUACCGUCCUCGGAUCCUCGGACGAAAAAUAUAACAAGAUUUUCAACAUCCUGUACACCGUGAGCCGUGACCUGGAAUUAUUCCAGACUUUUGGUGUGGACCGUGUUCUGGAAUGUCGUAUCGUGUCCGUGUCGGAACACGCGCGUGGUCGUGGACUUGCCAAGGAGCUGAUGAAGAGAAGCAUUCAAAUAGCCAUGGACCAUGGCUUCAAGUUGUUCAAAGUGGAUGCUACUGGGGCGUAUUCCCAGCGUAUUUGCAGCAGCCUGGGUUUGAGAGUUCUACAGAAGGUUCGCUACUCAGAGCAUUGCGACCAGAAUGGACCAAUCUUCAAGGUCCCACCUCCACACGACUCGUUAUGCAUUAUGGCGUUAGAAAUACCAUAG